AUGAUGCAUGUGAACAUUCAUAACUCGCGAAAACUAGACACACACAAAGCAAUAACGAGUAUACUAACAUUUGGUUUUAUCAUUACAAUUUUACUGGAUGUAUUUUAUUACUCUCCAUCGAUAACAUUCUUCACUGAAUUACCGAUUACCAUCGAUGGAAUACUUCAACGUUUACUAUUCAUUUCUUCUCUUAUCAUACUUAUAACGGUCUUAGCCGUUAAAAGUCAGCACGGUUCACAUGUAGCUUACUUCGCAUUUCAAAAGUUUGUUGAAUUGAUCCCACUCCUAAUUGAUCUCGUCACUCUAUUAUCUACAUAUCAAUACAGCACGAAAAGUCCAUCGAAGCUUGUUCAUCUUUCUCUCAUUCUUACUCUUAUUCGCUUGACCUUUAGUUUCCAUAUCAUGCAUAAGAAAUGCAAACAUCAACAAACAAAAUACUUAGUCAUAAUUAUUGAUAUAUCCCUAUUCAUUUUGAUUAACACGACGCUUCUGCAAAUGACACCAUCAAAUGUGAUUCGUUUCGGGCAAAAAAUAUUUCUAUGCUUCGUAAUUAUUCAACUGCAUAUUUUAUUUUCGCAUCCAGAUUUCUGGAGUAUAUUCAACAAAACUAAUGCGAAGCGUGUUCCAUCCACAUCUCAACGCUCGAAGGUGAUCCAAGCAUUUUCUGUCGCUGUUUGUCUAAUAACGUAUUUUGUUGUUUGGUGGGAUAUAUACGAAAAUAUUUCAACUCUAACGCAAUGUGGAGUUUUCUACUUCCGAAUUGACUUUGCGACUGCAACGUGCGCGGCAUCGCCGAAAUCUAAGAGUGCAGCUGGUUCUCAAGUGAAAACAUCCAACCCAACUUCAUCGACAAAUCCGAUGUCUCUAACUAUUGGUAGAGGAUUGAUUGAAGUUGAAAAAGGAGAUAUUAAACAACAAUCAGUAGAUGUCAUUGUUGGAACUUUGUCAUCGGACAAACUUCGACAAGCGUUGCUACACGCAGCUGGAGAUCAGGCUAACGAUGUUUACAAUAAAGAACGUUUAAAAAAUCCAACUUCAUUGAUUAUCUCGACUCCUGCCGGUCAUCUACCAUGUAAACGAAUAUUUUUUCUCAAAUGGCAACCAAAUAGUGAUGACAAACUUCUUCGACAAUCCAUCGUUGAUCUCAUGUAUAACGUUGUGCAAAAUGUUCAUGCGAAUACUUUCACUUCAAUUGCUUUUCCAGCUAUUGGUUGCGGAGGACAUGCUUGUUCGCUAAAAGUUGUUGUUAAAACGAUGAUCAGAGAAAUGAAACAGCAUAUUCAACAAAGAGACCUAGCAUGGAAGGUUAAAUUCAUUAUUGAACCUGACCAACAAAAUACUUAUGAUGAAUUUUGUAAACAGUUAUUCUCAUCUGAUUCUUCAGACAAUGGGCAUCAAAGGCAAAGGUCUGAUGGUGGGCAAUUGAGAUGUCUUGUUUCGAAAGGUACUAAAGAAUAUCAGUCGAUUAUUAAUGAGUUCGAUAAAAAAAUGAAAGGAAAAUACACUGAAAUUGUUAAACUUGAACGCAUUAACAAUGAACGAUGGCGUACACAGUAUGAGGCACAUCGGAAAGAUUUCAAAAGCCGACUCAAUGAAGAUACCGAAAAGAUCCUGUAUCAUGGGUGUCCAGAAGCAGCAGCCAAAUCAAUUAUGCAAGAUUGUUUCAAUCGAAGUUAUGCUGGCAUCAAUGGAACAUUAUUUGGUUGGGGUGUUUAUUUUUCAUCGGAUGCGGCUUACAGUCAUGGUUACGCAACUCGCAAUACCCGAGGAGAAAGAUGCGUGUUUGUUGCUCGCGUUCUUGUUGGAAAAACGACUCAAGGAAAUAAAUCGAUGAAAACUCGACCUGUUGGAUUUGACUCAACUACCGAUGGAAAGCACAUCUAUGUGACUUAUCACGACGCUCAAGCAUAUGCAGACUAUUUGAUUACAUACAAAUAA